UAACAAGUAUCCGACGUAAUUGCCUUGGUGUCAAAUCCCAAUGAUUGGAAGUUGACGGUGAACAAACACUCAGUCAGUGCUGGAUGUGUCAGGGCGCAGGCUGCACUAAACUAAACUGUCCCGGUGCUGGCCCCCUGGUCUCGUGGGUUAAUUGGAGCUGAACUGAUUUAAUUGGGGAGAUGAAAUGAUAAGGACAUGCGGAGCUCCUGUUUGUGUUGCAGGGUCAUUGUCUAGUGGAGCGGGAGGUGUUACAUCCACUGAACCGUAGACAUGAAGACAAGAGACCUUGCUGUGAUCUGCUGUCUGCUCUGGCUUGGGACUGCCCAGUGCGAUUCACGAGAGCCCACGGGAGCGGCGGAAUCAUAUCCACUUGUCAACGUGGGUGGAAUAAUUGAACCUUAUUCUUCUGAAAACACCUUUAAUGCAAGUUCGCUUAGUCUGUUUGAAGGCGCCAGUCGGUCAAUGGAGUGUCGCAAUGUUGUGCAUCUGAAUGGGUCCCAGUGGUGUUCAUUUGUAAAAGCUACGGAAGACUGCAGAAUUGGGAGCGGCUUUAUUGAUUACCUCCAAGGGGCUGUCUGUGGCUUUUGCCAUGAUCUGCUGCCUCUGGCCAUUGUGCUGUAUGCAGUUUGGUUGAUCUAUCUAUUCAUGUUCCUUGGAAUCACAGCUGAAAAAUUCUUCUGCCCAAAUUUGGCUGCCAUAGCGACAAGUUUAAAGUUGUCACAUAACGUGGCAUAUAUUCAUGGUGUCACUUUCCUUGCCCUUGGUAACGGAGCUCCUGAUCUAUUCAGUGCAAUGGCUGCCUUUUCUGAUGCUAGAACAGCAAGCCUGGCGAUUGGAGCUUUGUUUGGUGCUGGUAUAUUUGUGACCACAGUUGUUGCCGGAGGUGUUGGCCUUGCAAGACCAUUUACAGUGGCAUCCAGACCAUUCCUCCGAGACGUUACCUUCUACAUGGCGGCAGUUUUCUGGGCAUUCCUGGUCAUCUACUUUGGGAGUAUUGAUUUGGCACAAGCACUUGGCUACUUGGCCCUGUAUGCCGUUUAUGUACUUGUGGUAAUCAUAAGCAGUGUAAUUUACCAGAAGGGCAAAAACCAGCCACAGACUUCUCUCUAUAACAAUCAUCCAGAAAUUAAUGGCAAUGACGAUGAGAUUCCAACACUUAUCAGGAGACCACUUGAAGACACAAGCGAGUAUCAAUCUUUAAUUGAGUCGGAAGAAUCGAGAUCUACCAAAUCCAUUUUGCUGGACUCUCUUAAUCCCAUCGACAUUCAAAAAUGGAGGAGGAAACAUUUGCCCUGGAAGAUUUUCAAAUGUCUGAAGCUGCCAAUUGAGUUUUUGCUUCUGCUUUGUAUUCCUGUGGUUGACUUUGACCAAGAUGAUCACAACUGGAAGCGGCCCCUGAAUUGUCUACAGAUAGUUACCGGCUCGCUUGUCUGCAUCCUUGCAUUUAAAUCUGGCUACUAUGGAUUGCUGCUCAUCCGUGGCCAGUAUCCUGUGUGGGCUGUAGUUCUGGUGAUUACAAUAGUUUUAGCAGCGGUCAUUUUCUUCACCACAAAAAAUGAGGCACCACCAAAGUUUCACUGUGUAUUUGCUUUUAUUGGUUUCUUCUUCAGCAUCGUACUGAUCAACAGUGUAGCCAUCGAGAUCGUCAAUCUUUUACACGCCUUUGGAAUAAUUUUUAACCUGAGUAAUACUGUUCUGGGAUUGACGUUACUCGCCUGGGGAAACAGUAUUGGAGAUUUGUUCUCCGACAUCACAGUAGCUCGACAAGGAUACCCGCGGAUGGCUAUUGCCGCAUGCUUCGGUGGAAUAAUAUUUAAUAUGCUGUUUGGUAUAGGCUUAAGUGCUCUCAUUCAAAUGCCCUACAAUAAUAACAUCCUUGAGAUCAAAUGCGAUGGCCUCCUAGAUUGGAUUCUAGUUGGAUCACUCGGCCUAAGUCUUGUUAUGUCAUUUAUAUUGAUCCCGCUUCAAGGCUUUAAGUUCACACGGUUAUACAGCAUUAUUUUAGUCUCCUAUUAUGUAAUGUUUGUUAUAAUAGCACUAUUGACUGAAGCUGAAAUUAUACAUAUUUAAAUUAUGGUGUCCAUGAUAUAGGCUGAUGUGAAAUAAUAGUUCUGGCACAUUUUGCACACAUGAAUUUAUGUUUAAAUUAUAGCUUUUGUCAGAUGUCUGGAAAACUAAAUGUUUAGGUGGAUGGGGGAUGUGACAAGCACUGAACAGAAUUUGCACCUUAAUUUCUACUUUAAAAUCUCUUGUUUAAUGAAGCUGACAAUUUAUAUUUUUGAUUCUGUAUGUUCACGAGGUUGAACAGAAUGAUGUUUUCUACAAACAGAGGCUGCUUCACUUAUAUAUGGUCCAUAAAUUGCUGAGCAAAGAUGGAAUACAGGGAUCUUUUUUUUUUUUUUCAAUGUUCAAAAUAUGUUCACCCCCUUAAACAGAAACAACUCUAUUUUCACCACAAGCCUUUAUUACUGAAGCUGGAAUUCAGUCAGUCACUCGCAUUGGAGUACCAACAAAUUUGACAUCUCUUGAUAUGAAUUUUGUUGUUUAUUUGAACUGUAUGAAUAAUUGGGUAACUUUUUUUUUGUACUAAUUGGAACAAGGGAAUUGUUUUUCAAGUAAGAUUUAUUGUAGUGUCUGCACUCAGCAUUACACUUGACCUCAGAACUGAAUUUUAUGUUCAAUGAUAUUGCUGUUGUACAACUUUUUACUUGUGGAAUAAAUUUUACUAUUUAAAUGUU